AAGAUGACGUCCCCCAAAAGCAGAGCAAAGAAGAAACCCCCCAAAGAUAGCAUGACGCUGCUGCCGUGUUUUUACUUUGUGGAGCUGCCCAUUGUGCUGUCAUCUCUGGUGUCACUCUACUUCCUGGAGCUGACCGACGUCUUGUCCCCGGCUAUGGUGGGCUUCCGCUGCUACGACCGCGACCUGUCCAUGCCUUACGUGGAGACAGGUGACGAGCUCAUCCCGUUGCUCAUGUUGCUCAGCUUGGCCUUCGCCGGACCUGCUGCAUCGAUCAUGAUGGGGGAAGGACUCAUGUAUUGUAUGCAGUCCAAACUCAAAAGCUGCCCCAAAGCGGAGGGAAGCAUUAAUGCCGGAGGAUGCAGCUUCAACUCCUUCUUGCGAAGGACGGUGCGGUUUGUGGGUGUUCACGUGUUCGGUCUCCUAGCGACGGCCCUGGUGACGGAUGUCAUCCAGCUGGCCACGGGCUACCACGCCCCUUUCUUCCUCACCGUCUGCCAGCCCAAUUAUACGGCGCCGGGUGUGGCGUGCGACAACAACGCCUACGUCACGCAAGACAUCUGCGCAGGAAAAGACCUGUAUGCCAUCAUGUCGGCAAGGAAAACAUUCCCAUCCCAGCAUGCAACACUCUCCGGCUUUGCUGCCGUCUACAUUUCCAUGUACUUCAACGCCAGCAUUGGCGCAACCACCAAGUUGCUGAAGCCGCUGCUUGUGUUCGCCUUCUGCAUGGCAGCGGGCCUGGCGGGGCUAACGCAGAUCACACAGCAUCGGAGCCACCCCAUUGACGUCUACGUGGGCUACCUGAUCGGAGCCGGCAUCGGCGUCUACCUGGCAGUGUACGCAGUAGCUAACUUCAAGGCAUCCGAAGAAGACGUGUCACCUCAUCCCAAAAUGUCGGCGGUGCAGCACAAGGACACCCUGAGGGUGCUGAGUCAACGUAGUCAUGACUCUCUCUAUAGGAAGACACCACGGGGGUCCGAGAGCCGCGAGGAACUGGCCGUGGCAAUGGGUUCCGGGACGCGCAGCAAGGUUCGGCGCGAAAAGGCCUCCCUGGCUUCCCUUAAGCGAGCCAGUGCCGAUGUGGAGCUCCUGGCCACACGUGGCCCCAUGGGCAAGGAGACUAUGGUGACGUUCAGCAACACUCUGCCCCGGGUAGCCAACGGCAACAGUCCCAUCUCGCCCUCCGAUGAGGCGCCCACCUCUCAGCGCCACAUGACAUUCCACGUGCCCCUGGACCCACAAAGAUCUCGACAACUGGUGUCAGAGUGGAAGCAGCGCUCUCUGGAGCUAAGGAGUCAAAGCUCCCGAGAUGAGGAUGAGGUCGAAGGAGGGGCAGAGGCAGCAGACACAGCGGACGAAGCAGGUGACCAAGGGGUGCCGUCCUCCCUUUAUCCUAAAGUGCAAGCCAACAAGGGCACGGCAACGCCAACUGGGGCUCGGAUGGUUGUGUCGCCGCCACUAGUCCACAUUCCCGAGGAGGCCUCGCGUCCCCCGCCCGUCUCUCCCAAGAGUGCCAAGACCCGCGCAAAGUGGCUGUCGCUCACUGAAGGGAGCGGCCAAAAGGAGCCCAGUGCGGGGCCCAUUGCUGUGUCCACCCCUAGGGUGCCCAACACACACCCUGUUCAGCCACCCGCCCAGCCAAGAGUAACUCAGGUGAUGGCAAUGUCUAAGCAACAGAGCCACAGUGGAAUCCCCCAGGAGGGCGGCGGCUCCUCUUCAGGCGGCGGCUCAAACUGCUCCGAGUCUCCCUACUUCCGGAUCCCUUCCGACCGGGACAGCUGCACAGGCAGCAACCCGGGAAGCAUCGCUGGCAGCGGCAGUAUCGUCACCAUUGACGCCCACGCCCCCCACCACCCGGUGGUGCGAGUGACUGCAUCCAACGGGAAACCGUGGGAGUGGAGGAACACCAUUAGUGGCAACUUAAUGAGCAGCGACACAUUGGAUAAGCACCGCGGUGUUCUGAGGGGGCAGGACACCGCCCCAUUGUACCGCGACUACCGGACGCUCCCAGUAAAAAAGGAGUUGCAAAGUGGUGAAACUCCGGAGCUACCACCAUCACACCCCACUUCAUCCUCCCCUCUGCCGCCCCCACCCCAGUUGUCACCCCAUCUCCCACCACCACCCCCUCACACAUCCCUCCUGUCUCACCCACCUUCUCAGUUGCCCCCGCAACCUUCCUCUUCCCCCUUGCCUCCUCCUCCACUGCCAAACUCCACUAUGCCACCGCCUCCCCCUCCCCAUCCCUCGUGCUCGGCCAUUCUCCCGCCUCCUCCUCAUCCCGACAUGCUGAUGGACGACCAGAUGCUUUCCCGGUCGUCUACGCUGCCCCGCCGGCCUUCAGUGUCGGCCCGCAGCCAUGCUGAGCAAGAGCAUUACUACAAGGCGCUGCAAAACGAGAGGAUGCUUUAG